GAAAAAUAAUAACAAUUUAUAACAAAAAUAAUAAUAAUAAUUAUAAUAAAAAAAAAAAAAGAAAAGAAAAAAAUUCAUUUAUUUUUAACUCUUUUAUUAAUUCUUCUUUUUUUUUUCUUUAAAAAAUGGAAAAAUAUUCUAGAUGGAGAGAUGCAGGAACUGGUAUUCAGCCUUUUCUUCCUCCAGUGCCACCACGUAUUGAUUCUAGCUUUUUAAUCACUUUAUCCAACAUCAUUCAUAUAAUUGUUGGUCCAGUUCAGGGUAUUCUUAAAAUACUUCUCAUCAGCCUUCUAUCACUAGUCUACAUUUUGUUUGUACCUCUGUUAGGCACAUUACUGACGCCCAUCAAACCACUAAAAAGAGGGUGGACAAGACUAUUUUCAGCCAUAUUGUUACGUCUUGUCUUAUUUUUAUCAGGCUUCUUCUAUAUUAAGACAGAGACGGUUUCUCUUCGUAAAAGUCGUGAUUCAAAAGGACGUCCUAUAGAAAGUCCUCAAGUUCAAAAUGGAAGUGUGAUUGUAGCUAAUUGGACAUCUUACAUUGAUGUUUUAUAUCUCGCAUUUAGAUUUGAUCCUGUAUUUACACAACUUUAUACAGAAACAAAUAAAGUCAGGGUCAUUUCUUUAUGGGAAGCAAUCCGAUUGACUAGUAAAAUACCUGAAUCAAAGCCUUCCAAGAAUAAUGAACUAUUAUAUUCAGUAGAGGAAUUAGCAUUAAAAGCGAAAAAGAAUAAAUGGGGUCCUAUCGUGAUAUUUGCAGAAGGAACAACAACGAAUGGUAGAGCAUUAUUAAGAUUUGCACCUGUCUUUAAGGAAUGUGAAAAAGUAGAAAAAAAUAUGUUUCAACUAAUGUCAUUCAAAUAUGAGUAUGGUAACAUGCCACCUACUUUUACAGUUGGAAAUCAAUUUUAUCAUUUCUUUAAGCUCUGUUCACAGUUCUAUAAUACACUUCUCGUUAAAUCACUUGCAAGGGAUGAGCUUUUAAAUGAAUUUUUAUUACAUAAUCAAUCUGAGGACCCUGUUGGUGAUGUAUUAAUCUCAUCGCUUGGUAAUAUAUCCAAGCUUAGAAAAACAAAUUUAACCAUGUUAGACAAACGUGAUUUUAUGAUUUAUUAUAAAUCCCGUACAAAGAAAUAAUAAUAAAGAAUUCUAUAGAGUGUAAAUUUCCUCAAUUUAUGCAAAGAGACGAUGUAUACUUUACUACUAAUUACUCCAAAUAUUACCAAUAUUUGUA